GCUGCUGAUUUUAAAGCUGCACCCGAAACCAAAAGAGGAAAGGAAAAAGGAGGAUUUUUUGUUUUGCGAUGGCGGACAAGGCGGUGACGAUCAGGACAAGGAAGUUCAUGACCAACAGGCUACUUUCCAGGAAACAAUUUGUCAUUGAUGUUUUGCAUCCAGGGAGGCCCAAUGUUGCCAAGGCGGAGCUGAAGGAGAAGCUUUCUAGGAUGUAUGAGGUGAAGGACCCAAAUUCGAUCUUUGUGUUCAAGUUCAGGACUCAUUUUGGAGGUGGCAAAUCUACUGGAUUUGGUUUGAUUUAUGAUUCUGUUGAGAGCGCAAAGAAGUACGAGCCCAAAUACCGGCUGAUCAGGAACGGACUCGAUAAGAAGGUGGAGAAAUCAAGGAAGCAAAUGAAGGAACGGAAGAACAGGGCUAAGAAGGUCCGGGGAGUAAAGAAGACCAAGGCCAGUGAAUCAGCGAAGAAGAAGUGAGGUAAGAAGCCCGGAAUGGAAAAAGGUGAGGAUCGCGCUUAUCUUAAAGCCGAUGUUUCUCGAGAGUGAUGCAUAAGUAGUCCGAAGUUUUUAGGUGUUCUUGAACCUAUAUUUUUGGAAACUGAGUUUGGUGUUAUUUUAUUAUUUAGUUAUACGCUACUUAUAGUAUCUGAUUAUCCUAUUUUGAAAUAUUUUAGUGUUAUGCAGUUUUAUUUCCAAUAAUAUAAAAAUAAAUAAUUUAUUAUGAUUUUAUUAAA